AUGUCAAAAGAACAAGCAGCCAUAACGCUCGUUACGAGUUUGACACGUUCUUCUUCUUUUACACGUUCUCACCCUAAGGCGCUUAAGCCCUUUAAUUCAGGUGAAAUAAAAAUUUUGUUGUUGGAGAACGUGAACCAGAGUGGUAUAGAUCUUCUGGCAAAAGAAGGCUAUCAGGUUGAAGUUCACAAAAAAGCACUUUCGGAAGAGGCUCUUAUAGAGAAAAUUCGUGAUGCUCACGCGAUUGGUAUUCGUUCCAAAACUAUGCUUACUAAAAAAGUUCUUCAAGAAGCCAGAAAGCUCUUGGUUAUCGGAUGUUUCUGUAUUGGGACGAAUCAAGUCGAUCUCGAAACUGCUGCAAAGCAGGGUGUUGCAGUAUUCAAUUCUCCAUUCAGCAAUAGUAGAAGUGUUGCAGAAUUAGUUAUUGCAGAGAUUAUUGCAUUGUCUAGACAUUUAGGUGAUCGUAAUAUAGAAUUGCAUAAAGGAAUUUGGAACAAAGUUUCUUCACAAUGCUAUGAAAUUCGUGGAAAGACUCUUGGUAUUGUAGGUUACGGUCAUAUUGGAUCACAAUUAUCAGUUCUUGCCGAAGCAAUGGGAAUGACAGUAUAUUUCCAUGAUAUCAUUCAGAUUAUGCCUUUAGGAACAGCUAAACAAGUUAAUACGUUGUAUGAACUGAUGGAGCGUUCAGAUUUUGUUACUUUGCAUGUUCCUGAGACAGAAGAAACCAAAAAUAUGAUUGGCGAGGAAGAGAUUACACGUAUGAAGAAAGGAAGCUAUCUAAUAAAUGCUUCUCGUGGUAAAGUUGUCCAGAUUCCUUCAUUAAUUAAAGCCUUACAGAGUGGUCAUUUGUUGGGUGCUGCAAUAGAUGUAUUUCCCAAGGAGCCAGCAGCCAACGGUCAAAAUUUUAAUAAUGAACUGAAUCCUUGGACAUCUGACCUUUUGGCAUGUAAAAAUGUGAUCUUGACACCUCAUAUUGGCGGCUCAACUGAGGAGGCACAAUAUAUGAUUGGCCUAGAAGUAGGAGCUGCGCUUGCGAAAUACAUAAGCAAUGGUACUUCAAUUGGUGCUGUCAACUUCCCAGAGAUUGACCUUCGUGCUAUUCAGGCUACAGAGAAUUCGAUACGUUUACUUUAUUGCCAUCACAAUGUUCCCGGUGUACUUAAGGAAAUCAAUGAAAUACUUGCUGAUCACAAUGUUGAGAAACAAUAUACAGAUUCCCAUGGCGAAAUUGCUUAUUUGAUGGCUGAUAUUUCUGAUGUGAACGAACAAGAUAUUAGAAAGAUUUAUGAAAGCGUUUUUGUUGAUGAAAUUAAAAUUCAUGAAUUGAUUCAAGAAACAUUACCCGAUACUUCAUGGGAAGUAUUUCAAGAUAUUUUACUCAAUUUAUAUGAAGUUGGGUUAAUAAGAAAACGACAAACUCACGAUGAAAGGUAUAUGUAUCAAGCGCGUUCUAAAGAAAUUGCGGCAAAACUUCAAUCGCUCGAAAAUCAUGAAUUUGAGGUUUACGAACUUAUUGAGAAUUCAGAACGCAAAGGUAUCUCAAAAACUGACAUUCAAAAGCAAACAAAAUUGGUACAGUCUUUGGUAGAAGGUAGUUUGAAGAACAUGCAAGAACAAAAAUUAAUCAAAGAAGUUAAACCAAAGACUAAGAAGCUAUAUAUGCUAUUUGAUACUAAACCUCACGAUGAAUCACUAAGUAGAUUAAUAUAUACUAACGGAGAACCGGAUACAUUUGUCGUGGAAACUUUAAAGUCAAUAUGUUACAAUUUUAUUUACCAUAGAAGUUUUCCCAGGGGAAUGGAUGAAGAUGCAAUUUUUUAUCCCAAUUAUACUGGAUAUGUAACCUUAUCAAAGAUUGUACAAUGUGUGCAAGAAACAAAAGUCACAGAAAUCGAAAUUGAAGAGGCUGAUAUAAGACAGAUUCUUGAUGUGCUUAUAUUUGAAGGGAAAAUUAUAAAAAAAUUCAUGAGUAAUAUAGAUCCAAAUUUGAUGGUAACAGACAUUAAUCGUCCUGAUGCCCAAUAUGUUUAUAUAGCUAAAAAGGCUAGAAAUAUGAAUAAUGCUUGGACUCAAGCCCCAUGUGGAAGAUGUCCGUUUUUUGAAAAUGAAUGUACAGAAAAUGGUGAAAUAUCUCCAUCGACGUGUAUAUUCUUUCCUCAAUGGCUGAACAAAGCUAUUAAUAAAAUACAAAAUGAUGAACAGGAUCAUGGUAAAGGAAAAGAAACUCUUGAUUGGUAA